CACCCUCCCCUCCACACACGUGUUGUGGAAAGACGGCUUGCGCCGUACGGAAGCUGCCUCUCCUCCUUCGUAUCGGGGCGACUCAUCGGCGGACCUCCCGCAAGACGGAGACACACCCACUCUUGGUGGCCCUCGUACUUCUUUGCACAUGAAAAACACAGAGCGGCCUUCUUGAGGCAGUAAAAGACGUUAUGAGAUGAUGGAAAGCACUGUAACAAGUCCAAGUAUGGACAACAGCGUUCAUUCUCAGCAUCAGCACUUCCUCUGUGGUUAUUUCAGGCCAGAUGUGCUUCUCUCCAGCCGCCAGAUUGUUUCAUUCUUCAGCUGUCAUGCCUUGAUGAUGAUUUAUGUAAACACUAAAGUCAUAUAUUUACAUACUAUCAGUAAGACUUGUUGACUGCUGUGAAUGCUCGGCCGUAGGAGCAUGUGGUGGGUACUCAUAAUGCUGAUUGUCCCGAGAACUUGCUUCACCUCCGUCUGGUACUGGGAACCCACUUGAUGGGAGUCCCAUCAGGCCUGGGAGCUUUUGGCCACCACAUCUGGAUGUCAUUAAGGAGGCCCGGAGGCCAGGUGAGGAGACGGCCGAAGGAUGUUGGAGAGCAUUCGUCCCAAAAAUACACUCAGCAUUAGAACUGAAUUUAGUAUUAUAUAACUUCCUGCUUCUCAAGAGACACUUUUUAUAUCUUCUUCUUUCAAAUGGAGGGAAGAUUUGAUUGAUUAGUCCUAAUGAAAUAUCAUGGCACAUCACUGCCAUCAAGAGGGGAGGAGACACCUGCUGUGGCCCACCAAGAUGCACUGUUUUCGGGCACACGCCCCAAGCAGCUGGUGUGAUGCCACGGAGGUCUGAGGGAAACCUUGUGCACUUUUCAUACGCCGUGGUGCUGGCGUUUCCGGUGGCUGGUGAGGCUCCAUGCAGCAUUUGGUCAGCGUCCUUCCUUGGAGAGAAAUGUUUGGAUGAAAAAGGAGUUCCCUCACAAUACGGGUCUGAUUGGAGUGUUGUUUUCAGUGAUGGGUUAUCUAAGCUAUUUUUUGUGUAUAUCGAGCAUCAUAAUUUCUUAGUUGUUGCCGGCUAAUUAUUGAUCCCAUAAUGCCGUGCACCCCCAGUUGAAAAGGCAAAAUGUCUGCAGGAGGAAGACAGCAAAGUGCACAUGUGACCUAGGUGCCGACUUACUGUAACGGGGAUUUGCAGCAGCGUUGAGAGAUGGAGGGAACAGACUGCAGUAUGUCAAGAGGAUUAUAGGCAAAUUCACAUUAAAUCAGACUGCUUUGGGGGAGGGGGGUGGAGGAGGGCUUUGUUAUGUAACAGCUCUCCUUUGCCCCCCCACCCAAACCUCUAAUGUUAUAGGUCUUGACCAUCCAUCAGACCUCAUUCUACAUGGCGGCGUGUCCCGCAAACAGCCGCCAUAGCCAUUAGUGCUGCAUGCUCCCCGGAUCAGCACCAGUGGCCCCACGUGUGUGCAGCAUCUCCGGAUAAGCUCCACACGCCACUCACCGCUGGUCAGACCCCAGCAUGUCAUGCUAGAACGUCAUGUCUUUCUUUCAGAGCCACAAAUCCGUCUUCAACGCCAUGCAAACCGAGGACAGCCGCACUGUGACCCCGGACGCAGAAAGCCAGUGGUGUGGAGCAGCGGCCGGCGAGGAGGAGAGAAACGGGGCCUUGGAGAAGAGCUUAUAUGUGCUGACUGAGCUGGUAGAGACUGAACGCUUGUAUGUGGAAGACCUUGGACUCAUCGUACACGGCUAUAUGGCAACCAUGGCCAAUCAGGGCGUUCCCGAAGAUCUUAAGGGGAAAGAUAGGAUCGUGUUUGGAAACAUCCAUCAGAUAUUGGACUGGCAUAAGAGCUAUUUCCUUGGCGAGCUGGAGAAAUGUGUGGCUGAUCCCGACUCCUUGGCCCAGCUCUUCAUUAAACAUGAGCGCAGGCUUCACAUGUACGUGGUUUACUGUCAGAACAAACCCAAAUCAGAGCACGUGGUCUCCGAGUACAUCGACACCUUCUUUGAGGAUCUCAGGCAGCAGUUGGGUCACAGGCUGCAGCUCAACGACCUGCUGAUCAAACCGGUUCAGCGCAUCAUGAAGUAUCAGCUCCUACUCAAGGACCUCCUCAAGUAUUACAGCAAAGCGGGGCGCGAUGUGGAGGAGCUGCAGAGGGCCGUGGAGGUCAUGUGUUUUGUGCCCAAACGCUGCAACGACAUGAUGAACGUGGGCAGGCUGCAAGGCUUCGAGGGGAAAAUCACGGCGCAAGGGAAGCUGCUCCAGCAGGACACCUUCUCUGUCAGCGAGCAGGAAGGCGGCUUCCUGUCCAGACCCAAGGAGAGGAGAGUCUUCCUGUUUGAGCAGCUGGUCAUCUUCAGCGAGCCAAUCGAUAAGAAAAAAGGCUUCUCUCUACCAGGCUACACUUUUAAAAACAGCAUCAAGGUCAGCUGCUUGGGCGUGGAGCAGAACGGCGUGGAAGACCCGUGCUGCCUGGUCCUGACGUCCCGUGGCAUAAACCGCAGCGUGACUCGCUUCAUCAUGCAGGCGUCAUCUCCACAAAUACGAUGUACUUGGUUCGGCGAUGUGGUGCAAAUUUUAGAGACCCAAAGGAACUUCCUUAACGCCCUCCAGUCUCCUAUCGAGUACCAACGAAGGGAGAGCAAAUCAAGCAGCCUCGGCAGGAACGUCAAGUCUCCCGGCGGCCCGCAGACGUUCUCGUGUGCGUCCAUGGAACGCCAUCAGCAGCCUGGCCUGUUGUGUCACAACACCUCCCUGCCGUCGCUGCGUCUGCCCCAGCACAGCCCGGCAGGAAAGGCGGUUUCUAACCCUGAUGCAGUGAUGCCGCAUCAAGCAGCCCCCCGCCUCGCUGUACGCCACGGGACGCCCAGCAUGCAGGGUGUGACUGCCAGCUUCCAGGCCAGCACCCUCCUUGACAGUGAACCCUGAGUCCGUCAUCACCUGGUCAAGGCAGCGACAAUCUGGUACUCUCGCUCGCAUUCUUCAAGUCACAGUGGCUCAUUCACAAGAAACAAGAAAAGAAGACAAUAAAUCACGUUUGGUAAAAAUCCAUUUUUUGCAUACAGUAAAUCCCUCACCACUUCAUGCUUCACACGUUGGAGCUGCAGAUUUUCAGAACGACAAAUCAAUUCAUGUGUUAGAAUCCGGCCUACGUGAUGCAUAUUGAAGCUCAGGGAGCUUAGGGAUGUCCAAUAGUAUCGGACACAAAUAUUUAUCGGUAUCUGGAUCGUCCCAUGUAGAGCAUGUCAUUAGUACUGAGUUGAUGAAACGUUCUCCGGGUGAGAAAUAGACCCGACUUCAGGCAGCGUCACGUCAGAGACCGUAAUCCCCUCUCCAACUUCAUGGAAAUGUCAGAAGGUCACGGUGUCCUCGAGAAGGUGCUAAAACAUCACACAGCAUUGGCAGGAGCAGAUAGCAACAGAAAAGACAGUACCAGCGAAUAAUGCAGAAUAAUGCAGAAUAAUGCAGAAUAAGCUAGCAAAGCCCGUAAGACCAAAACUGGGAUCCUGCAAGGGUAAGGCAGGGGAGGUGUGUGUGUGGGGGGGGGUGUUAAACUCCUCUGGCUAUACACUGUGGUCAAUCCAUAUACAAUAUACAAUGAUCAAUCAAUACAUAAUGAUCAGUGAUCAAUCAAUACAUAGUGAUCAAUCAAUACAUAACAAUCAAUUAAUGCAGAACGAAAAAAUGAAUACAUAAUGAUCAAUAAAUGCAAUCAAUAAGUUCCUUCACAUGAAAUAAAUGUAAAGUACUACAUAUGUUUUACUCAAUAAAACAUUUGGUGUAGUAUUGGUAUUAGUAUUGGUUGAUAUUGGAAUCAGAAAUUGAUAGUUGGACAAUAUUGGUUUUCAAUAUCAAACAUCCUAAUCGGAAUGAAUGAAGCAUGACAAUGCCUAAUAGGAAUAUAAGGCAUCCAAGAGACCAUGGAAACAGGUUGUGUAUGUAGUAUUUAGUAUUGUAGUAUGUAGUAUUGUGCACUGGUCACUAGGUGGCACUCAUGCUACUGUCAUGGUGCUUGUGUGUCUCAGCCAACACAACUGUUUUUUAUUACUGUAGGGGUGUUAUUUCAUGUGUAGAGGGCUCUCGUCAUGUUCAAAAGCGUGUUAAGAAGGUGGUAAAGAGAUACCAAAGUACCAAAAUAUUCAGUUUGUAAGUAAGUAUAUCGAAAGUAGAUCCAAACAUUAUAGUAGUCCAGGUCCGAGAUGUAGUGCCAUCAGGGGACUUGAUGAUGAUCAGCCAAAGUGGGGCCCUCCGUGGCAGACGUGGACCACCUCAGAUCUCGUCUCAUUCUGUCUGGGCGAGUUUCAAACGGCCGCAACCUCCGCUUCCCCUUUAAAUAUUGUGUCAGCAAUACAGAAUGAAGAUUGCUUUGUGACCUUUCACCCAUCCUUCCAUCCAAAGAUGGCUUUCAACCACCACAUCGGGCCAGGAAGCACUUUUAUCAGAACACCAGGCUGUCAUAACACCUUUCAAAAUAAGACACCUGAGAAAAACAGCUCAGUAUUCUGCUUUUAAUACUGACACUUGAUCAUAAUAACAUCAUUGCAUGGCCGUAAUGGGAGGGGCUUGGGGGGGUCCAACCACUCAAAUGAAGGGACACGGGGCCAUUUUGGAAAGCAGGCUGUGCGGAUACCUAGAUGCAAAACCUGAACCUGACUGUCACACUGACACGGUGGAUGGCGGCUUGGGACUCGGACCGCUGCUUGGGGCGUCUCUGCUGGUUUUCACGUUGACAAAUCUAAAACUGGUGGCGCCUUCAUUCCCAUCAGAUGGGGGCCUCAUUCUCAUGGUUUUAUUCCCAUCAAAUGGGGGCCUCUUUCUCAUGGUUUUAUUCCCAUCAGAUGGGGGCCUCUUUCUCAUGGUUUUAUUCCCAUCAGAUGGGGGCCUCUUUCUCAUGGUUUUAUUCCCAUCAGAUGGGGGCCUCUUUCUCAUGGUUUUAUUCCCAUCAGAUGGGGGCCUCA